GAGGGCGCUGCGCUUCGGUGAGCCGGGACGUGGCGCCGCUCUAGCCAGCUCCUGGGCUCUGUAGCGGGCGCCGCAGCUCUGCGUCCCCCGCGCCUCCUCCCAGCGCAGGUGGGUCCGCCCGCGGGGGGCGGGGGUGCCCGGGAGCCGUGGGAUGGGCGGGUAGCGGCAACCUUUGGGGCGCAGAGUGGUCUCCAUCGCCUAGGUGUCCCGGCUGGGGCUUUGGCCGUGGCGAAUCCAGCUAUGGGAAGGGCCACACGGAUGGAAGUCCUAGUCCGGGUAUUCGCCUCUUCCUGAAUGUGCAACACCUGUCCCAGGACCUCUUUACACCCUCGGGGUCUCUGCCCAGGCACGCUUGCUGCUUCCGGGACACAGCUGAGGGCGGAGCUAGUAGGGGCGGGGCUACGUGAUUGACACCUCUCUCCUCAGACUUCCAAGGGCUGCUACUGGACCCUUACCCUGUCUUGAACCCUGAGCCGGCACCAUGCACGGACGCCUGAAGGUGAAGACGUCAGAAGAGCAGGCGGAGGCCAAAAGGCUAGAGCGAGAGCAGAAGCUGAAGCUGUACCAGUCAGCCACCCAAGCCGUAUUCCAGAAGCGCCAGGCUGGUGAGCUGGAUGAGUCAGUGCUGGAACUGACAAGCCAGAUUCUGGGAGCCAACCCUGAUUUUGCCACCCUCUGGAACUGCCGACGAGAAGUGCUCCAGCAGCUGGAGACUCAGAAGUCUCCUGAGGAAUUGGCUGCUCUGGUGAAGGCAGAACUGGGCUUCCUGGAGAGCUGCCUACGGGUGAACCCCAAGUCUUAUGGUACCUGGCACCACCGAAGCUGGCUGCUCGGCCGCCUGCCUGAGCCCAACUGGGCCCGGGAGCUGGAACUGUGUGCCCGCUUCCUGGAGGUCGAUGAGCGGAACUUUCACUGCUGGGACUAUCGGCGUUUUGUGGCCUCACAGGCAGCAGUGCCCCCUGCAGAAGAGCUAGCCUUCACUGACAGCCUCAUCACCCGAAACUUCUCCAACUACUCUUCCUGGCAUUACCGUUCCUGCCUCUUGCCCCAGCUGCACCCCCAGCCAGAUUCUGAACCACAGGGACGCCUCCCUGAGGAUGUGCUGCUCAAAGAGCUGGAGCUGGUGCAGAAUGCCUUCUUCACUGACCCCAAUGAUCAGAGUGCCUGGUUCUAUCACCGUUGGCUCCUAGGCCGAGCUGACCCCCAGGAUGCACUGCGCUGCCUACAUGUGAGCCGGGAUGAGGCCUGUCUGACUGUCUCCUUCUCUCGGCCCCUCCUAGUAGGCUCCAGAACGGAGACCUUGCUGCUCAUGGUUGAUGAGUCUCCCCUGAUUGUGGAGUGGAGGACCCCAGAUGGCAGGAACCGGCCCAACCAUGUCUGGCUCUGUGACCUGCCUGCCGCCUCCCUCAACAACCAGUCGCCCCAGCACACGUUUCGCGUCAUUUGGACAGAAGGUGAUGUCCAGAAAGAAUGCGUGCUUUUAAAAGGCCGCCAGGAGGGCUGGUGUCGGGACUCCACCACAGAUGAGCAGCUAUUCAGGUGUGAGCUGUCAGUGGAAAAGUCCACAGUGCUACAGUCUGAGCUGGAAUCCUGUAAGGAGCUGCAGGAGCUGGAGCCUGAGAAUAAAUGGUGCCUGCUCACCAUCAUCCUGCUGAUGCGGGCACUGGACCCCCUGCUGUAUGAGAAGGAAACCCUGCAGUACUUCCAGACCCUGAAGGCCGUGGACCCCAUGCGGGCAGCAUAUCUGGAUGACCUGCGCAGCAAGUUCUUGCUGGAGAAUAGCGUGCUCAAGAUGGAGUAUGCCGAGGUGCGCGUGCUGCACCUGGCUCACAAGGAUCUGACAGUGCUCUGCCAUCUGGAGCAGCUGCUCUUGGUCACCCAUCUUGACCUGUCACACAAUCGUCUCCGAACCCUGCCACCUGCCCUGGCUGCCCUGCGCUGCCUUGAGGUGCUGCAGGCCAACGAUAAUGCCAUAGAGUCCCUGGACGGCGUCACCAACCUACCCCGGCUACAGGAGCUGCUAUUGUGCAACAACCGUAUCCUUCCUUCUGGGUGCCUUUCAGACAGUGGGCAUUUGCAGUCCCUGCCUAGAGCCUGACUCCCUCCAGGGAGC